AAGAAGAAGAAGAAGAAGAAGAAGAAGAAGAAGAAGAAUGGGGUCUCUCCCUCCUCUCUCCUCCGUAGACCGCCCUCCUUCCACCACCCCAGAUCAACCCAAGAACGCCAACGCCGCCAUCGACGAGCCCACCCUCCUCCGCCUCUUCAAGUCCCAGCAGAGCCACCUCAACUUCUUCUUCCACAACCUCGACCUCCCCCAGACCCUCCGCUUCACCCAGGCCCUCCUCCUCAAAUCCGGCGCCGGCGGCACCGUCUUCUUCACCGGCGUCGGCAAGUCCGGCUUCGUCGCCCACAAGAUCUCCCAGACCCUCGUCUCCCUCGGCAUCCGCUCCGGCUUCCUGCCCCCAGUCGACGCCCUCCACGGCGACAUCGGCAUCCUCGCCGACCGCGACGUCCUCGUCCUCUUCAGCAAAUCGGGCAACACCGAGGAGCUCCUGCGGCUGGUGCCCUGCGCCCGCGCGAAAGGCGCGUUCUUGAUCUCCGUCACGUCCACCGAGGAGAACCUGCUGAAGCGCUGUUGCGACAUGGACGUGUAUUUGCCUCUGGAGAGGGAGCUGUGCCCCUUCGACCUCGCCCCCGUCACCUCGACCGCGAUCCAGAUGGUUUUCGGGGAUACCGUCGCCAUCGCCUUGAUGGGCGCCAGGAAUUUGAGUAAGGAGGCUUACGCCGCCAAUCACCCCGCCGGGAGGAUCGGCAAGACUCUCAUUUUCAAGGUGAAAGAUGUGAUGAAGCAGCAAAAUGAACUACCUGUCUGUAGGGAAGGAGAGCUGAUAAUGGAUCAGCUUGUGGAGCUAACAAGUAAAGGAUGUGGGUGCCUUCUUGUCAUAGACGAAGGGUACCACCUGAUCGGAACUUUUACUGAUGGGGAUCUCCGACGCACUCUGAAGUCUAGUGGAGAGGGUAUCUUCAAGCUCACAGUGGGUGAAAUGUGCAACAGGAACCCGAGAAUCAUAGGCCCAGAUGCAAUGGCAGUGGAAGCUAUGGAGAAGAUGGAAUCUCCACCAUCACCAGUACAGUUUUUGCCCGUGAUUGAUCACCAAAAUGUACUGAUCGGCAUUGUCACGUUGCACGGACUGGUCUCAGCAGGCCUCUGAUUUUGCAUUAUUUGGUUAGAUUCAAUUCAAUUCUAUUAUUUUAGCAGAAGAGAGGCUGCACUUCUUCUGUGGAUCAGAUUAUUUGUAUUUGUGAACAGCUGAGUUAUUUGUUAGGUGUACUCUACUGUAAAAUACUCGCACACCCCCGUAGCUAGAGCACGUGCCAUUUUUGUAACAAAGAUUCAGCGCAAAAAACAACACGAUCUAUGGUGGAAACGCGCUCAGAUGUGGGUCUCUCUCUUUUUGUUCUUGCCA